AUUUAAAAAAUAUAAAUCUUUUCCUUCUCAAACCGAAUUCUUCUCGGUUUUGCCAAAUAAUUUUUGGGAUGGCAGACAUAUUUGUCGCGUUCUCUUCGUUGUUUACAAUUAAAAAAUAAGAAUAAAAAUAAAAAUAAAAAUCCUCAAUUCAUCGGAAACUCAACUUAUCCGUGCAGCUGAAUCGGAAGAAACAAUCUUUAUCAAAUCCUGUUCGAUCCAGGAAAUCAAAGGUUUCGUAUUCCUAUUUGAAUCAAAUCGAAUACCAAUUCGAUUGAAUAUUAGAAAAAUGAAUUGAAACGUUUACUUCAUGAAUCGCCAUUGUGUGCUUUUGAUUGGGGUUUUAUAGAGGGAAAUGGCGAUUGUAUAUGCGGUGGUGGCGAGGGGAACUGUUGUGCUGGCGGAGUUCAGUGCAGUGGGAGGAAAUGUCGGCGCGGUGGCGAGGCGAAUAAUGGAGAAGCUGCCGCUUCCUCCUUCGCAGGGAGAGAGUCGCCUCUGUUUUUCGCAGGAUCGCCAUAUCUUCCACAUUCUCAGGGCCGAUGGAAUCACCUUCCUCUGUAUGGCCAACGACACCUUCGGCAGACGAGUUCCAUUUGCAUAUUUAGAAGACAUUCAAAUGAGAUUCAUGAAAACAUAUGGCCGUGUGGCUCAUACCGCCCUUGCUUAUGCAAUGAAUGAUGAGUUCUCUAGAGUUUUGCACCAGCAGAUGGAGUAUUUCUCUAGCAACCCUAAUGCAGAUACCUUAAACCGUGUAAGGGGAGAAAUGAGUGAGGUACGCACUGUUAUGGUUGAAAACAUAGAAAAAAUUCUAGAGAGAGGGGACAGAAUUGAACUUCUUGUUGAUAAAACUGCAACUAUUCAGGACAACUCAUUUCAUUUCAAGAAGCAAUCAAGACGACUUCGGCAAGCACUUUGGAUGAAGAAUGCAAAGCUUCUGGCUUCAUUGACUUGUUUGAUUGUUGUGAUCCUCUAUAUCAUAAUUGCAUUGUUUUGUGGUGGUAUAACUCUUUCAUCCUGUCGGUCGUGAGUUUCAUAAUUCCAAUCAUCAAACUAGACUUUCCCUUGUAUCUUCCUAUGCACUGCCCAUGCAAUAACUAAGUGUGGGUGCUCACCAAUCAAAAGUUUUAAUUGUUGCGGGCUGCAAAAAGGUUGUUUGCCAGAGAUUAGUUAGACUACUGGUUAUGCUAAGAAGAAAAGGAUGCACCAAAGCGUUGAACUUUGCAAGCCCUGUUGUUUGUGCAGAAGGCUUAUUUUUUUUUUUUUUUGUAGAAUUAUUGGUAUGUAUCAUUUAUAAUCUCUGCUGUUGCAGACUGUGUAGGGCACACAUUAAUAGUUAGAUAUGCUUGUUUGGUUCAAGGAUUACCCAUGAACCUAAUUGUUAGUAACCCUGCAUGAACAUCCAUUUCCUUCCUCUGUAUGAUUUAUGUAGGUGUUGAAUUUUGAGGGAAAUGGAUUGCAUAGAAAUUUCUGUUGCAAUUUCCCGUUGCAUUUUUCAAUUUUUGUAACUAGAGGUCCCAAAUUCAUUUGUUGGAAUCCAUUGGAUUAUUGCGAAAAAGCAUGGCAGAAAACUUUUUGGACAUUGUAUGCUAGUGGGAUUGGCUUAUGUAAAGUGAAGCAAUUUGUCAUUGUUUCAGGACCUAUUGCUGCUAAAUUUUUUAUGCAAAGUGUUUCACAAAUUGAAAAACAGGCAAGGUUAAACUAAUAUGUGAAGUUUCGGUACACUUAACAUUGUUCCAUCUCUUGAAAUAUGGUGAGCAAGGAAGAGGAUGGCUACAUGUCAGAACUUGAUUAUGCAGGCCAGUUAUUGCAGCUGGGUUCUUUACAGUGACUAUUGUUAAAGGAUUCAUUAGAACUGAAAAUAUUCCCCUUUGCAAUGAUUGCAAUGGAAUUUCUGUGGUGGCAUUAAGAAGUAUCUUCAUAAUCUGGUUACUGAAAUUUCACCGUUUGAAUGUUAUCUUAUAGAAAGUUUGGUGGAACUCUGAACAUAAAUUCAAUGGCAUCUUCCUGGAAAGUGGUCUUAUCUUCUGGAGCAACCUUGAAUUUCACUGAAACUUUGUGUUUGUGCUUUGUUCUUAUUCCCUUUCUAUAAAACCUUGAUAAUACUCCGAGUGCAUUACAAGGUAAUUGGGUUUGCUUUCAAUUUUGUUGGAUCAUACUAAAUAAUGCUGCUGAAGGCGUAUUUUUUUUUAACUUAUCACAUAAAUGGAUCAUACUAAAUAUUGUUCUCUUCUA